ACACAAAGGUUCAAUUAAAAUCAUAUAAAAAGUGUACACCACCAAACUCGAAUCAUUCUCAGUGGUUGGUUCACCAACAAACAUGAGAUUCCUUUUGGUAGCUACAUUGGCCGGCCUUUGCGCCGUUUCGGCCGUCUCUGUGGAAAAUGAUACGUACAAGUAUUCACAAGAGAAACAGAAGGAAAUUUUUCGUCUCUUCAAGUACAUCAACCAACCAAGCUUCUACCCUGACUAUAUGGAAAUUGCCCAAAGCUACCGCUUCUAUGACUUCAAGGCUGAUUAUAUGAAACCCGAAGUUGUUGAAGAGUUUUACCGAUUCUACUACUAUGGUAAAAUCCUCGAAAGGGGAGAAAUCUUCUCAGUGUUCAACAAAGAGCACUUGAAACAAGCUAUUGCUCUUUUCAAACUCUUUUACUACGCCAACACUUGGGAGACUUUCUACAAGACCGCCGUCUGGGCUAGGAACAAUGUCAACGAAGGGAUGUACCUUUAUUCCCUUUCUGUUGCUCUAGUCCACAGACCCGACACUUACUACUAUGCCCUUCCACCAAUCUACGAAGUCUACCCGUACUAUUUCUACAGUACUGAAGUCAUCCAAGAAGCUCAAUACUACAAACAGAUGUACAGCAGCCAAAGUGGUGCUCACUUCAAUGGCAGAACCAUCUAUGCUAACUACUCUGGGUACUACCUCAACUUGCACCCCGAACAAUCCAUGUCGUACUUCACCGAAGAUAUCGGUGUCAACUCCUUCUACUACUACUACAACUUGUACUAUCCCUUCUGGAUGAGUGGCCAAGAGUACAAUUUGAAAUAUGACAACCGUGGCGAACUUUUCUACUACAUGUAUCAACAAAUCUUAGCCAGGUACUACUUGGAACGUCUCUCGAACGGUUUUGGCGAAAUCGAUGACUUCAACUGGGAAGUACCUUUCGAAACUGGGUACUAUCCCUCGAUGUGCUACCCCAACGGCCUCCAAUUCCCAACAAGGCCCAACUAUGCCCGUCUCUAUGAGUACUUCUACAACUAUGGACAACACUACGGUUACAACAAAUACGCCUACAGCUACACUUUUGUCAAGGAUUACGAAAGAAGGAUUCGCGAUGCCAUCGACAGUGGCUACGUCGUUACUAAAUCUGGCCAAAAAGUCGAUUUGUUCUCCCGUGACGGUAUCAACAUUUUGGGCAACUUGAUUGAAGGCAAUCCUGACUCCCCCUACUACAGGUACUACGGAGCUUACCAAGUCUUUGCCCGCCACUUGUUGGGGUAUUCCUACCAACCCUUGACCUACCACAAAACCUACCCUUCGGCUCUUGAACAUUUCGAAACUUCGAUGCGCGACCCUGCUUUCUACAUGUUGUACAAGAAACUCAUCAACUUCUUCUUCCGCUUCAAGGCUCAAUACUACAAGUACUACACCGAGCAAGAUUUAACGUUUGAAGGUGUUGAAGUUAAGAAUGUUGAAUUCGACCGUCUUGUCACCUAUUUUGACUACUACUACGCUGAUAUUAGCAGUGCUGUCUAUGUCACUCCUGAAGAGUUUGUCCAAGAUAGUUUCAAGGUCCAAGUGGCUCAACCACGUCUCAACUACAAGCCUUUCACAUACAAGAUUUACGUCGACUCUAGUGUUGACACUGAAGCCGUUGUUAAAGUCUUCUUAGGUCCUAAAUACGAUGAGUAUGGACGUUACAUGAACUUGACUGAAAAUUGGAUGAACUUUGUCCAAUUCGACCACUUUGUCUAUAAACUCAAAUCCGGGCAAAACGUCAUCAGUAGAAACUCCCGCGAGAUCUACAACUACAUGCACGACAGGACUUCUUACUACCAACUGUACCAAAAAGCCAUGGGUGUCUUCGACGAAAAACAAGGCGAAUAUUACAAAUACACUCAAUUCUGGUUCGGUUUCCCACAGAGAUACAUGCUACCAAAAGGUACCUAUGGAGGUUUCCCCUACCAGUUCUACGUCUACGUCACUAAAUAUGUGCCAUACAAGGAACAAAAAGCUGGAGUACCAAUGAUUGGUACGGGCUCACAAUACGUUGAUGGGUAUCCAAUGGGUUAUCCCUUCGACCGUCCUGUCUACUACGGACAAAUGUACUACGAAAUCCCCAAUGGUUACUUCUACGAAACCAAAAUCUACCACAGAGACUCCGAUGCUGUUAACUACUCGCAACAGGAUUACUACUACAGCAGGCGCCAAAACUUCGCCAACCAACGGUACCAAAGCAAGAAACACGACUUUUCUAAGUAUAUGAGUGUUCCCAAAAACUACGUCCGACCCCAAUACGAAACCCAAGGACGGUACCCCGAACAGUACUACGCCCAAGGAAGCAACUACGCCCAAGAGCAGUUCUACCCCAGCCGCAGCUACGAGAGACAAGACUACUACCACUACUAGGCCUGAGUUUUGGGAAUACAGAAAUGUUGUAAUUUUUACGAAAUAAAGCACAUAAUAUUUAAAAAA